UAUGAUUCAGAAAGUAAGGGAUGAUCAAAUUCAUAUGGAGGCUGCUUUUCUGCUGAGAAAGGAGGGAGAGAAGGCAGGGAAGUUAGGGAGAGUGACAUGGAGAAAGAGAGAGGGGGAGGUGAAAGAGAGAGUUGAGAAAGAGAGAGGGGAAGAGAAGGAGACGGUUGGAGGGAUAAAGAGAGAGGGGUGAAGCUAGCCAGCACAGUGGAAAAAAGUCUGGAAAAGAGGACUAGAACGCACAAGUGAGACACAGUGGCUGUGCCAAGCAACCCACCUGAGUGUGCACGGCGUUGCUGUGUUUGGUCUUUGAAAAUUCAGGGAAAAGAUGGAAGAGAAUGAGGGGGGAGGAGGAGGACAAGGGAGGGGUGAGCCCAGAGAAAGGAGUCUGCUGGCAGUGUUGGUUAAUGAAGUAUAGUCACUCGCAGGAAUUAUUUUGGCUGCUCCGUCAGUUUUUUUUCUCUCUCUCUUCCUUCUUACUCACAUCUGGAGCGGGGAGUCACUUCCUCUGUCUGUGCUGCCCGCGUUGUGCUCUAACAGGGCUAGUCCUCUCGUCCUCUACUACCCGUUCCCCUCCUCCUCUGACGAUACUACAAAGAGAUACGGAACACAUUACCCCAGGGGGAUGGGACCUCCCCAAAACACUCUCAGCACAGGACCGACCAGGGACCCUGGACAUCCCCCACCAACACCCCCCAUCCACCCUCUGGAAUCUACGUCUGAAAACAGAGAGGGAGAGAGAGAGACUGAUAUCCAGAGAGAACUGCAACCAUCAGAUGAACUCUAUGUAGGGUGUUCCCCCUUUCCCUUAUAUGGCAAAACAACUGGGAAAUGAUUUGAAUUUGUCUGGUUUCUCUUGCACGGCUGCCUGGGCGCUGACUUCUAUCCGCCACAGCAGGCUGUGCAGCAGGGUUUGUUUGUGUGGCUGAAUGACUGCUUUUGGUUCUUCUUUUCUGUGUUGUUUGCAUGCAGGGCUUUUGAGGGGACAGCAGGCAGGAGCAUUGCUGGUGUUUGUGGUGAGGCUACAGGCACUGCUGUCAGUGCCCCCAGGGGUGGUUGGCUUUACGCACCAUUGCUCCUCUCUCUCUCUCUCUCUCUCUCUCUCUCUCUCUCUCUCUCUCUCUCUCUCUCUCUCUCUCUCUCUCUCUCUCUCUCUCUCUCUCUCUCUCUCUCUCUCUCUCUCUCUCUCUCUCUCUCUCUCUCUCUCUCCUCCACAAUGGGCUCUGUCUGCCUGAGACGAACAUCCGGCUGACAGCAGCCUGCACACUGAGAGGGUGUCUUUCUGAGGGGGAACUAACAGCAAGGUGGGCCAAAGUUCAUCUAGAGGAAGCAACUGAAGUUCUGGAAUCUGGACACACACAGAAAUCUGUGGGAGGGUUAUUCACUCUGACUCUACAACGGCAACAAUCCUCAACCACAAUAGGACGCGUAACCCAGUAAGACCCCGGAGGGGGUGCCUGUAGUAAAUGAGGAGGGCUGCUGUUGAUGUUCCUGAGUUGACCUUAUUAAUUAGGACCAGAAUGCUGGAGAAGCUGUGAACACUCAAGAGGACAGCACAACGUGAGCUCCUGAUUGGAGGGUCCCAUGGUGCCAUGACACAGGUGUCUGAGACAGACUGUGUGUGUCGCCUCUGACCUUCUACCUUACUGUGGUUUACUCUGUUGGAAAGACAGACACUCCACUGACUGACAGGUGGACAACAACACCGUCGGAUGUCAUGGCGAUGGCGGCGUGGUACCACCGUGACAUCAGCCGUGUGCAUGCAGAGGACCUGUUGGCCCGGGCUGGGAGGGACGGCAGCUUCCUUGUCAGGGACAGUGAGUCCGUGCCUGGAGCCUACGCCCUCUGUCUGCUGUUCCAACGGCACGUUCACACUUACCGUAUUCUUCCUGAUGUAGAUGGCCUAUUAGCGGUUCAGACUUCUCAGGGGGUGCAGGUGAACUGUUUCCGUACACUGGGGGACCUGGUGUUGGGGUACCAGCACCCCCAUAAAGGUCUGGUCACCCCUCUGCUGUACCCUGUGGGGAGGGACAUGGAGCCUGGGGAUGAGAGCUCAGGUGAUGAUGAGAAGCCAGGGCCGGUGUGGAGUCCCAGCCCAUUCCCAGUCUCGGUCAGUAUAGCUCCCCCCGCUGGACUCCCAGUGACCCCGUCCCCACACCUCCUCUUCCUCCACAGGCUACAGGAGCUCAACACAUCCAGCAUGGCAGGUGAGGUGGUUGGGCUGCUCAGUGAGUAUCUGCGCAGUGAGCUGCCUCUGGAUGUGGAGGGUCUACGUAGAGGAGCAACAGGCCUACGCCAUCUACACCAAACCCUGGGCACCGCAUGCCAGGGGCUCAACAGUGAGAUUGACCUGAUCAUGUCCAGUUUGGAGACGCUGGCCAAAGUGUUUGACCAUCCUAUCUGCCCUUUAACCUCCACCAAGCCACAGAACACGGGUAGAGGUCCAGACAUGGAGUUGGACAGCCUGCUGUGUAAGAUCUCUGUCCUGGUCAGCCUGCUCUCCUCCCUGGAGAAGAGGGUGCUGAAAGCUCUUCAAGAUGCUGUGACCAAUCACAACCUUGCUGUGCAGCCUGCCCCUCCACCUGAGCCCGCUCUUGCUCCAGCUCCAGCCCCUGGACCAGCUCCAGCUCCAGCUCCUGUCCCUGCCCCAGUCCCUGUAGCCAAGAACCAUUCUAGGCCCAUACCUGUCCACUCCUUUCAGAUUAAGAUGGUGCGUUACGGCAGACAGACAGUGUCAUUGGAUGUGGACACAGGAGUGCUGCUGUUUGACAGGAAGGCCGGGUCAUUUGGAGUGGAGACGGUCUCACAUGAGCAGAUUCUGCAGCUAGUCAAGUUCCAGAGCAGCCCAGCCAAGCUGCGCAUGGUCGUGGACAGUCAUCACAACAACCCACUGGAGCUCAUGUUUGAGAGUGCAAGGAAACGGGAGGCGUUCUGCCAGCUGCUACAGCUGAUGAAGACCAGGCACUCCCGUCUGAGUGAACCUGACCUCAUUUCUGUGUUUGUGGGCAGCUGGAACAUGGGUGGCUCCCCUCCCCCUCGCAGUCUGCAGUCCUGGGUGACGUGCUGUGGUCUGGGUCGAACCCCUGAUGAGUCCACAGCUCUGCUGCCUCAUGACAUCUAUGCCCUGGGUACCCAGGAGAACUCUCAGGGGGAGAAGGAGUGGACCGAGCACGUCAAGGCUACCCUACACAGCUACACUCACAUAGAGUACAAACAGGUGGCAGUACAGUCCCUGUGGAACAUGAGGCUGGCAGUGUUUGUGAAGCCAGAGCACGAGAGUCGUAUCAGCCAUGUGAACACAGCCAGUGUGAAGACUGGCCUGGGGAACACACUGGGAAACAAGGGUGCUGUUGGGGUCUCCUUCCUCUUCAACAGUACCUCUUUUGGGUUUGUCAACUGCCAUCUGACUUCUGGCAGUGAGAAAGUAGUCAGGAGGAACCAGAACUUUGCCGACAUCGUCAGGCUGUUGUCCCUGGGUGACCGGCAGCUCAGUGCCUUUGACGUGAGCCUACGCUUCACACAUCUCUUCUGGUGUGGAGACCUCAACUAUAGGCUGGACCUGGACGUACAGGACAUUCUGAAACAUGUGUCCAACCGGGAGUUUGAUGAGCUCAUGUGUGCUGAUCAGCUAACACAAGAACGACACAAGAGAAAGGCCUUUCACCAUUUCAAGGAAGAGAAGAUUGUGUUUCCGCCCACCUAUCGGUAUGAGAGGGGGUCCAGGGACAGCUACCUGUGGCAGAAGUACAAGACCUCUGGCGUGCGUGUCAAUGUGCCGUCAUGGUGUGACCGGAUUCUGUGGAAGUCCUACUCAGAGACACAUAUCACCUGCAACUCCUAUGGUUGUACAGAUGACAUCUUCACCAGUGACCACUCGCCUGUUUUCGCCACGUUCCAUAUAGGGGUGACAUCAAAGUUCAAAAUAGAGCCAAGCUUGAGCAUGGAGAGGGCCUGGAUAGAGUUAGAGGGCAUCGAGGCUAUUGUGAAGACAGCCGGCAAAGCCAAGUUCUUCAUUGAGUUUCACUCAUCCUGCCUUGACGAGAUCCGCCGUUCCAUAGAGAAUGACUCACAGAGCUGUGACGUGCCUUGCUUCCUCAAACUGGGCUGGUCUUCCAAGCAGCUGCCCAAGCUUCUCCCGAUCGUCUCUGACAUGGAGUUCCUUCAGGAUCAGCACCUCCUGCUGUGCGUCAAGUCAUGUGAUGGGUUUGAGUCAUACGGUGAGUGCUGUGUGGCGCUGCGCUCCCUCACCGGCGCGGCGGAGCAGUUUGAGAUGUUUCUGACCCACCGGGGCGAGGAGAUGGGCUCCAUACGUGGGCGGGUCAGGGUCCACGUGCCCAAAGACCGGCGAGUUACACGUGAGAAGAUCUACGAGUGGUUCUGCUUCGAGAAGGAUGAGAAGGGUCUGGUGAGGGGACACUUGUCUCCUCAGUCCACUCAGGCACCUAUCAGCCGAUCCUCACCCCUUCCACCCAAGCCAGCCCCUAGCAGUUACACAAACCCCGCUUACUUCAUAUUUGAAGGUGUGUCUGUCCUGCGCAGGGUGGAGGAGGCUCCACCCCCUCGUAGGGACCCCCAGGUGGUCUGGGCCGGCGACUCAGCGCUGCAGCUCCCAAAGCUCUCUGGGGGGCGUGGCUAUGACAGGAAGUCCUCUCGCAGGUCGGACUUCACUGAAAUCGAGAUUCCAGGCAUCCUGACCCACUACUCCUCCUCCAAUGACCAUCAUCCUCCCCAGGCCAACUCCUCCUAUCAGCUCUUCCCAGCAAAAAAAACAUUGCCAAUCCCCCCUGCCCCAAACCCCACCACCACCUCACACUAUCAUGAACAGCCCAUACAACCACAACCAAGCAAAAACAAUGUUGUCCAGGACGCCAUCCUGCCUGCCAGGUACCUGAGGAACAUGUACACGGACCACUCCGCUGUCAUUAGAGAGACCCCCAGGAGAGAACAGCCUAGGGUGCACCAACAGGAACGAGCCAGCCCUGUAAGGAGCAGCAAACCCACCUCACUCUACCCCUAUGUAUCCACCCAUGUGCCCCACAUCCAGGCCUCAGCCCCCUGGGUGGCGGAGCAGCCAGUUGAGCCCCUAGGGGACCACUCCCUCACAGCCCUGCAGAUUGCCAAGUCACUAAGUGAGGUGGACUUCUUCCCUGUAGACAUCAGGGCUCCAUCAACACCAGUCCAAAGACCGGCCCAGAGGAAUGACCUGGCCAUGUCUACCGAGAGAGGCUACUGCUGGGAGAAAGAGGUCCUCCGUGGGGCUCCAGAGACAGUGCGGGAGCUACUCAGCACCCUGGGUCUGCAGAAUUACACCCUGGGACUCAGCCUCAAUGGCUGGGACGACCUGGACUACUUCAGUGGCAUCACAGAGGAGGACCUGCGUGCAGCCGGAGUGUCAAACCCCUCACAUCGCCGGAGGAUCCUGGAGAACCUACCCAGGAUCUGGGAUUCACUAUAGACCUACUUUCGUUGUUUGACUUUUCAAACUGAAGCCGAAGGACAUCAGUGACAGAUGCUUGCCCUAAUGGAAUACAAGUCUCCACGCCAUCAUUUCAUUUACAGUAACAACGAGUUGCUUUUAUGCAAACAUACAAAAGACGCAAUGCAAUGUCCCAUGAAAUCCUCAUCUCACAUCCCUUACCAUUCACGGGUACACCUUCAAAUGAGAGAUGUAGAUUCAAGCCACUGUCAAACAUUUUUAUAUCCAAUUUAGAUCCACAUAGCCAAAUAUUGAUUAUGUGUCUCCUCAGCAGUCACCAGAAUGUAGUGUUUACUGAGCAUUCACACCCAUGACCUCUUUCCCUGCUCUUUCCACUCCUCUACCGACAUAGAGAACAGCACGGAGCUUGUUAAAGCACUCAAUAACGGCCACGGAGGGGGAAAUAUAUAGCUGUGCAUAUUUGCCAGUACACUUUUAAACAUGGCCUGUAAAGUUAAUAUGAAAAAAGUGCCUAGCUUUCUGUUUGCUGUCUGAUGGUAGCAUUAUGUUGUAACCGGGGUGUAGUUGUUCUUAGUGAUAAGAGGAGAAUCCAUUGGGAGGAAUUAGUGAACCCUGGGCUAGUUUAUUUACAUUCUGUCAUUUACUCCUACAUUGUAUAUCCUGUUUCUCUAUCUGGUUAUCUCCCUCUUAGACCAUAACUCUUGUGCGCUCUUCAAGGGCCACACACCCAUUUAAACAUGUGUUUCUGUGCACUGUUCCAGAUUUUUUUUACUGCCUUUUCAAACAGAAUUGUAUAAAGCGAACUGUUGACUGAGUGACAGAUAGUGUGGGUUCUUGGACAUUGCUAUUGCGUUAAACCUGUUCCUGAUGCCUGUGGUUAUUUGUCAGUGGUGCCACUUAACUGUGGAUCUUGGCACUUUACAACUUUAUUCUCUGAAGGCUGUUGAAGGAAGUUCAUCAGUUUUACAUGUAUAUUACAUUCAUUCAACCCAAUGGGAGACGAUAUGAAUAAAACAAUAUUGUGACAACA